AAUUAUUAGGAAUCUUUUUAAAUAAUAUAAUUUAUAUUAUAAUGUAUUCAAAUAUAUACUGCAGCAGAAGAUAAAUAAAAAGUUUUUGAGCUUAUUGGUAUUUAUUAAAACAUACUUAUCAAAAAUGGUGUUUGAGGCAGCAGAAUUUGGUAAAGGAGACUUUGUACUUUUAAAUCAAGUGACAAUGGAAGAUUUUAUGUCAAAUCUUAAGAUACGAUUUGAAAAAGAAAGAAUAUAUUCAUAUAUUGGAGAAGUUGUUAUUUCUUUAAAUCCUUACAAAACACUUGAUAUUUAUAACAAGGAUGUUAUAUCUGAGUAUAAAGGAAGGGAAAUUUUUGAGAGACCUCCUCAUAUUUUUGCAAUAGCUGACGCUGCAUAUAAAAUGAUGCAAAGAAAAUUUCAAGAUACUUGCAUUGUUAUUUCAGGUGAAAGUGGAUCAGGAAAAACUGAAGCAUCAAAGAUUAUAAUGAAAUAUAUCGCAGCUGUGACUAAUCCUAGUAAACAGUCAGAUAUUGAAAAUACAAAAACUGUGCUAAUACAGUCUACCAUUAUCUUAGAAUCAUUUGGUAAUGCAAAAACUAAUAGAAAUGAUAACUCAAGUAGGUUUGGAAAGUAUAUGGACAUUGAUUUUGAUUUUAAAGGUGAUCCGAUUGGAGGGCACAUUAGCAAUUACCUACUAGAAAAGGCACGUGUUGUCCAUCAACAAGUUGGCGAAAGAAACUUUCAUUCUUUUUAUCAGUUUUUAAGUGGAUCACCAGAAGCUGUUUUAAAGGAAGCAAAAUUAGUAAACAAGCCAGACGAUUAUUUAUAUUUAAGACAAGGAAGAUGUUCUGAAGUUGAAUCAAUUGAUGACAAAAAAAGUUUUGAUGCUGUAAAUGCAGCCUUUUCAGCUUCAAAGUUUGACCAAAGUCAAAUUGAUUCAAUAUGGAGUUUGAUUGGUGCCAUUAUAUCUCUAGGUAACAUUGCAUUUGGAGAGGAAAAUGAUCAAGCAUAUAUUACUGAUAAAGAUUCUUUAUCUAUUUUUUCAAAGUUACUUAAAGUUGACAGUAAUGAAUGUAAUAAAGCACUUUGUUAUCGAAUGGUUUUUGCUCGUGGAGAAUUGAUUGAAAAAGGACAUAGCAAGACUCAAGCAUGCUAUUCUAAAGAUGCACUUGCCAAGGCUUUGUAUGAGCGACUGUUCUCCUGGAUUGUCACAAAAAUUAACAGUGUAAUCGAUCCUCAACAUGGUAAAAAAAAAAAAGAAGGAAAUAAAGUUAUUGGUGUCUUGGAUAUUUAUGGCUUUGAAAUAUUCGAUGAAAAUAGUUUCGAACAAUUGUGUAUAAAUUAUUGCAAUGAAAAAUUGCAACAGUUAUUCAUUGAACUUGUUCUGAAACAAGAACAAGAAGAAUACAAGCGUGAGCAAAUAGAAUGGGUUCAGGUAGAAUACUUCAACAACAAAAUUAUCUGUGAUUUAAUAGAUCAACCUCAUAAAGGAAUUUUUUCAAUACUUGAUGAAGCUUGUUUGAAUGUCGGGAAAGUAACAGAUCAGAUGUUUUUGCAUGCUAUGGAUCAAAAGCUUGGUGUUCAUAAUCAUUAUAAAAGCAGACAGACUGACACAGCAGACAAAACUUUGAUGCACAAUAGAGAUUUCCAAAUCCAACAUUAUGCUGGAGAUGUAAAGUAUUCAGUGGAUAGUUUCCUGGAUAAAAAUAAAGAUGAUUUGUACCAAGACUUUAAAAGAAUGCUUUACAACAGUGAACACAGCAUCCUCAAAGAAAUGUGGCCUGAAGGUAAACAAGAUAUUACGCAGGUUACUAAACGCCCACAAACUACAGGAACCAUAUUUAAAAAUUCAAUGAUAGCUUUGGUUGAAAAUCUUCUGAAAAAGGAACCUUAUUAUGUGCGUUGCAUAAAACCCAAUUCCAUUAAGUCACCAUUAAAGUUUGAUGAUGAACUUAUAUCUCAUCAGGUCCGUUACCUUGGUUUAUUGGAAAAUGUUCGAGUGCGUCGUGCUGGAUUUGCAAAUCGACAACAUUUUGAUAGAUUUUUUCAAAGGUACAAAGUUAUAUGUGAAGAGACAUGGCCUAGUUGGGACAAAGCUUCAAAAGAGGGUUGUAUUAAAAUUAUUGAAAAGUUUCAUUUUGAGAAUGAUGUAAAGUAUGGAAAGACAAAAAUAUUUAUCAGAAGUCCACAAACUUUAUUUUCCUUAGAAGAGGAAAGGUUUAAACAGUUGCCUAAAGUUACUCUUAUUAUUCAAAAGUCUUGGAGAGGAUAUAAAGCACGUUUAUAUGUAAAAAGAUUAUGUGCUGCCUUGUUGAUCAUGAGAAACUGGCGAAGACAUAAAAUUGCUGAAUAUGUUGUUGAACUGAAGACAAAAUUCGCUAAUGUAAAGCAUGAAGUGCAUUUUGGAAGAGAUCUUCCUUGGCCUCAUGUUGGAAAAUAUCCUUUAAUUCUUGGGAAGUUGGACCCUUUAUUGCUUUCUUUUUUUAAAAGGUGGAGAGGUGGCAUGAUGCUUAGAUCUGUUCCCCGAGAACAAUGGGGUGAGGUUCGUAUAAAAAGUUCUGCAAUUGAAGCUCUUGCAAAACGUAAACAAGAUUUUGGUCUAAUUAGGAAAUGGAGUGGCGAUUAUUUAAAAGAAGAUGUUGAAAACAGAAAUUUUGAGCUUUAUAAAAGAAUUACUUCUGAAUGGAAUCGUGGAAAGGUGUUGUUCUCAUCAUUUAUGCGAAAGGUAAACAAACAUAAAAAAACAGAAGACAGAAUUAUUAUUGUUACUGAUAAAGGUGUGAUGAAGUUAAACACAAAAUAUAAAGAAAUGAAAAUUAUUCCCUACACAAAAAUAUCUGGACUUGGUGUAACUACAACAUCUGAUAAUUUAUUAGUAAUUCGUAUUCCUGGAAAUGAUUUAGUAAUUUGUUUAUACAACAACAAAAAAGAGUGUCGAUCUGGCGAACUUGUAGGAAUAAUAUUUGAACAAUAUCGAAAAAUGGUUGCUUCAAAUAUUCGCGUAGAUGUUCAAGAUAACCUUAACAUUGAACUUGGUGGCAAAGUCAAAACUGUCAUAGUCAAAAAGAAAGUAGAUGGUGCACCUGAUUUUAAUUGGAGUAAUAAAAAUAAUAUUAUUCUGAACUGUAUUUUUUAGCUAUUUAUAUUUAUAUAUGGUUUUAUUUACUUGUUACUGAAAAUUCAAAAAAAAAUUUGAAUGAGUGAUUUUUUUAAAAAAAUUUUAAAGGAUUUUUUGUUUGUUGUAAACUCAAAAUAAUUUUUUUUUUCUAAAUUUUUAUAUUUUUUAUUUAUAAUGUAAUUUGGAGAAAAUUUUUAUAUUAAAAAAGCUAUUUGUUAUAUUUACUUUUAAUUGUUUUAUAUCCAGCCCUGCAUUUCAUCAGAGGUGUGUUAAAUAGUUUAACAAGUAGAGGUCUGGAGUCGAAUUGUUAACUAGUAUAGCUUUUCUUUGCAAUUCAUUUUUUAAACAACUGUAAAUAAAUGUAAAAUAAAAUUAUUUUAAAGAGAAAAAAAAAAAUUUAUUUAAACCUUGUUAAAAA